GCCCCCAACAAAACACAACAAAAAACAACAGCAGAAAAAAGAGGGUUUAGGGCAAAGGCCCCCAACAAACCCCUCUAUCUUUGAAAUCUUGACAACCCCAUCUUAAAAGAUCCUUCAUUUCAUAAACCCCAUCAAAACCCUAUUCAUCAUAUUUCAAGAAUCACAGCAUAUAUACAAAAAAAUUUAAAAAUGAGUGGUCAAGUGCCACCACUUUCAAGAAGAAACAGUUCAAUGAGUAGUAGAAGAAAUAAUAACCCAUCAACAACAAUCAAGAAAUCAUCUUUUUCAUCAACUCAAUCUGAAAAUGGAACUACUUCUACUGGCCAUACUACCACCAAUAAUGGCUUUUCCCACAAACCCUCUUCCUUAAGUGGGGAAAGGACCGUGAAGAAGCUUAGGUUGUCAAAGGCCCUCACUAUACCAGAAGGGACCACUGUUUCGGAUGCUUGUAGGAGAAUGGCAGCCCGUCGUGUUGAUGCCGUGUUAUUGACGGAUUCCAAUGCUUUACUUUCUGGAAUAGUCACUGACAAGGAUAUAGCCACUAGAGUUCUUGCAGAAGAACUACGACCAGACCAGACAAUAAUUUCGAAAAUUAUGACUAGGAAUCCUACUUUUGUCUCAUCUGAUUCUUUGGCUAUAGAUGCCCUUCAAAAGAUGGUCCAAGGAAAGUUCAGGCAUCUCCCGGUUGUUGAAAAUGGUGAAGUAAUUGCAUUGUUGGAUAUCACGAAGUGCCUAUACGAUGCUAUAUCUAGAAUGGAAAAAGCUGCUGAACAGGGUAGUGCCAUUGCUGCUGCUGUUGAAGGGGUGGAACGUCAAUGGGGAAAUAAUUUUGCUGCACCUUCUGCUUUUAUAGAGACACUCAGGGACCGCAUGUUCAAGCCCUCUCUGUCAACCAUAAUUGCCGAAACAUCCAAGGUUGCAACUGUUGUAGCAUCAGAUCCAGUUUCUGUUGCUGCUAAAAGGAUGCAAGAGUUACGGGUUAAUUCUGUUAUCAUUAUGGCUGGGAAUAACAUCCAGGGCAUAUUGACUUCCAAGGACCUUCUAAUGCGAGUUGUGGCACAAAAUCUUCCUCCUGAGUUAACACCUGUUGAAAAGGUUAUGACACCAAAUCCCGAAUGUGCAACAGUAGACACAACAAUCCUUGAGGCAUUACAUAUAAUGCAUGAUGGGAAAUUUUUACAUCUCCCUGUUGUAGACAAAGAUGGAAGUGUUGUAGCAUGUAUCGAUGUCCUGCAGAUAACUCAUGCCUCUAUCUCAAUGGCUGAAAGUAAUUCAGGCGCCGAUGUGGCAAACACAGUGAUGCAGAAGUUCUGGGAUUCAGCACUCAACCUAGACCCACCAGAUGAUUAUGAUGACAGUCAAAGUGAAAUGUCGAUGUCAGCAAUUAUGACAUCUGAUGCUGUGGACUUGGGGAGGUUGCCAUAUCCGUCUCUUGGGCUUGGGAAUUCCUUUGCUUUCAAAUUUGAAGACUUAAGGGGACGUGUACACAGAUUUACUUUUGGCACAGAAAACCUGGGUGAGUUAGUUUCUGCUGUUGCUCAAAGGAUGGGUGGUGGUAGUCUUGAUCAAAAUUUACCCCAACUUUUGUACGAUGAUGAUGAGGGAGAUAGGGUGUUGCUUACCACCGACAGUGAUCUGGUUGGCGCUGUCAAUCAUGCCAGGUCAGCAGGACAAAAGGUGUUGAGAUUGCAUCUAGACACCUAUGAAUCCGGGCAACAAAAAAGAGAAUUACAACUAGGUACAGUUAUGGAAGAGCGAACAAUAGAAAACUCAAAAUCAGGUCAUCUGCAAACAAUAGAAACUUCAAAGUCGGGUCACCUCCAGACAGGGAUUUUGGCAAGUGCAGCAGUCAUUGCAGGUAUUGCUUGUGUGGUCUACUUGAAACGUUCCAACCAAUGACCAUUCUUGAUGGAAUCAUGACACAUCAUUCUUUUGCAUCGGAGUUCCGUUUCGGUGACUAAUGACAUGAAAGUUUUGUCACUACGAUAAGUUAUAUUUAUAAAGAAAAUGGUUGUAUCUGUGAAGAACAAAUAAAAUUCUUAACAGAUGUGUUACCAGAAGAAUGCAAAGUCUUCACCGCAUUGUUCAUAUAUAAUUUAUAUUUUAUGUUUAUACAAGUGGUUUUGAGGACCACGUAUUAGUUCAUCUGA